UGCACUCAGAGAGACUGGUGCUGUCCGUUCAGCACCACAGCCCUCAUCUUUCGUUGAAUGCCACACGGGGUGUACGUUUCCCUAAUUAAAAGACGGCGUGGAUUUGGAACUAGGUUUUCAUUAUAUGGAGUCAUAGCCUACACACAUUUUUCAUCAACGCUUUUCGGAAGGGUUUUCGUCUUUGGUUUUGUGAUGUAGCUUAACCAUGAACAUUUAGAUUUUUUCCCAUCCUGUUUCUGGGGCAGGUACAGGCUGUUUCUUGCUUUAGCCCACCUUGCAACUAUAUCAAACAUCCGUUGAGGCAUUGCUUUCUUUUGUAUUAUUAAAAGUUGGGAUUUUUCUGAAUGCUUGAGUGGAGCCUGUGCUUUUUUGCAGGCUGAACAAAAGAAGUCGGGAAGAAAUCUGCUUUCUCUUUUCCUCUUUCAACUCGAGUUCAUGUGUCGGCCAGAUCUCACUGCGUUGCCACGCACAUAUUUUGCAAUAUAAUGCCUGGAACCUGCUCGAGACAUGCCUAAGCGACGCAAUGGGCCAAGGCGACGAGAACGAUCGUAUUGUGAUUAACGUGGGAGGUAUCAGACACCAGACCUACCGUAGCACCCUUCGCACAUUACCGGGCACCCGGUUAGCUUGGCUCGCCGAGCCCGAUGCCCACAGUCACUUUGACUAUGAUCCCAAGAUUGAAGAAUUUUUCUUUGACCGGCACCCGGGUGUGUUUGCCCACAUCCUCAAUUACUAUAGGACCGGGAAGUUGCACUGCCCUGCAGAUGUUUGCGGCCCGUUGUACGAGGAGGAGUUGGCGUUCUGGGGUAUCGAUGAGACUGACGUGGAACCAUGUUGUUGGAUGACUUAUCGGCAACAUCGAGAGGCAGAGGAGGCAUUGGAUAGUUUUGGGGGUGGGCCCCCCGAGAAUUCAGAGGAGGAUGGGGAUGAGGAAACGCUGGGAAUGAUCAAUAGGUUGGCUCUUGAUGGACCAGAUGCCAAAUCCGGGGGGCAUUGGCGACGUUGGCAGCGUUUGCUUUGGGCACUUUUCGAGGAUCCCUAUUCUUCUAAAUAUGCAAGGUGGAUAGCCUUCGCCUCCCUGUUCUUCAUCCUGGUUUCCAUCACCACCUUCUGCCUGGAGACACACGAGGCCUUCAACCCCAUCAUCAACCGGACGGAAAUUGACCCGCUGGACAACAGCACGCGGGUCUACCAGGAGACUGAGACCGUGGUCUUCCUCACCUAUAUUGAGGGGGUCUGUGUGCUGUGGUUUACAUUUGAGUUCAUAAUGCGAGUGACGUUCUGUCCGAGCAAGCUGGAGUUUUUCCGUAACACCCUCAACAUCAUUGACUUUAUUGCCAUCAUGCCCUUCUACCUGGAGGUUGGGCUGAGUGGGCUCUCUUCCAAGGCGGCUAAGGAUGUACUGGGUUUCCUACGUGUGGUACGCUUUGUCCGGAUCCUCCGGAUCUUUAAGCUGACUAGGCACUUUGUGGGACUGCGUGUCCUGGGUCAUACACUCCGAGCCAGCACCAAUGAGUUCCUGCUCCUCAUCAUCUUCCUCGCCCUGGGUGUGCUCAUCUUCGCCACUAUGAUCUACUAUGCUGAAAGGAUUGGUGCCAAGCCCAAUGACCCCCGAGCCAGCGAGCACACACACUUCAAGAACAUUCCUAUUGGAUUCUGGUGGGCGGUGGUGACCAUGACAACCCUUGGCUAUGGAGACAUGUACCCUCAGACAUGGUCUGGCAUGCUGGUGGGAGCGCUGUGUGCUCUGGCUGGUGUGCUGACUAUCGCCAUGCCAGUGCCUGUUAUUGUCAAUAACUUUGGGAUGUAUUACUCCCUGGCGAUGGCCAAGCAGAAGUUACCAAAGAAAAAGAACAAGCAUAUCCCCCGUGCCCCACUUCUGGGCUCCCCCAAUUACUGUAAGUCGGAGGUAACCUCACCUCACCACAGCACGCAGGACGACACAUGGCCCCUGGCCCCACAAGAACCACCAGAAGAGAUCUUAGAAGUAAACAGAGCAGCUCCACAAGCUGUUUUUCAAGAUCCCAAAGUGAACGGGGAAACAUCCAAGGAGUCAGCCAAGAGAGCAGCCAAGGAGUUAGCCAAGGAGUCAGCCAAGGAGUCAGCCAAGGAGUCAGCCAAGGAGUCAGAAAAAGCAGCGCUGGCCAAUGAAGACUGUCCCCACAUAGACCAGAUCAUGUCACCUGACGAUGGCCAGGUCUUAAGCCCUAUUGACCGGUCCGAGCAGCAGCCCUGCUUCCUCCUGGCCAUGGGCGGGCGGCCAGGCCACACGGCGGCCAGAGUCAGGAAGGCAUCCCGCCCAGGCCGGGCCAGGCGAUCACAGAACACAGACCAGUCAGUCUGUGUUAUGAACCAUGGUGUCCCAACCACACUGUGUGUGGGCCACAACGUCCCAUCCCCCGACUGAUAAUGCUCUUAGUCUGUUUGUUGUACAUAGAUGACCAGUGCCAGGGGGGUGCUGACGUGGACAGCUGGACAUGCUGCCGGCCCAGCCUUAAAUGUCACCCAGAAGAGUUGUGGUUCUCAAACCUUUCUCAUUGGCUGCUUUACCUAUGACUGGUUGAUUUCAUGCUGUACACACUUGAGUAAGAAUGAACGUUGUGUGUGUGUGUGUGUGUGUCUUUGUGUGUGUGUGUGCGUGUGUGCGUUCUUGUGUGCAUGUAUGUGUUUAUUGAAGUUUGUUUGUUUUCUAUAAGUGUUGUAUAUCUGCUUCUCUUCCUUGUGUCUGACUUCAUGUAACUAUGUUGGAGAAAUAAUCAAGUGUCAUGUUGACCCCAGUAACACAGUCAUUUUUAUCCCUGAGUUAAAACUUGCCAAAUACUUGUUUUCAGGCUGUUUUUGUCAUACCACAUCUGAGUUGCCUUUUAUAGAUAUUUACUCUCAACUUUCCUUUGAGAAAUGUUGAAUGCCCUCACUUUCUACACAUUAAGGUUUGAGUGUAAGAAAAAUGAAUUCAGCAAAGUGAUCAUAACUGCAACAAUGACGUUUGUUUUUUAUGUCAUAAAAUGUCACUUGCCCUAAAUUCAGCUGUAGUUGUGCUUUAAAUUAGUUUGUUAUCCCCAGUUAUACAAACAAUUGACGCAUUUCUUGCCGAAAUAUGUAUUGGCUGUAUGGCACCCAUGCCUGCAAAGGGAACCUUGCAGUUAUCAGCAAUGGAAAGAAACAUUUAUUUGAGGUAUUUCUUACAAAUAUUACUCUGUUAACUUGCUGCAAGGUGGAAAACUGUCAUCCAGACAAUGUGCGGUGGAUUUCAUAUACAGUACAUACUGCACUCAGAACAAGGCUUUGAUAUGCAUGUACUUAAUGUACAGUAUGUGAUCAUGAGACUAACAGAGAUCAAGCACUCACAUAAGUAAUUGCAAAACUGGUUUUGAUGGGAUAAAAAGAAAACAAUUACCCAUGUUGUAACUACCUAGUAAAUGACAACUGGUUGGUUGGUAUCUGAACUCACUUUCAAUACUACUUUAUGUGUUACACUAUUUCUACAUUGUUUUCACAAGCGUAUGUUUUCACAAGCUUUAGGCUUUGCUUUUCUAGUUAGCUAUAUAAUAUGGACUAAUAUCUCCUUUGUCACCUGGCUUAAUGUGUCAAAGAGCCAGGUUAUUACCAAUAUGUUGCAUGAGCAAGCUGUGGCACCUGAUACCAUUAUUGGCAUUGAGAUGUGUAAGUGAGAGAGGAUGAGGAACAGUUUUCCACUGUUUACAUGAACUCAGUCUGAAUGCCCAUAUUAUAAAGAAAAAUCCACUUUGCUGCAAAGUCGUCACAUUUUCCUUUUACCAACUCCCAGGGGGAUUAUUCAGCACAUGAUUUCCUACAUGGGAUUUCAAAACACACAAAAGAUACAUUAACCACAUAGUUACUGAAGGUUGAUAGCCUAAUAAUGGAAUAUAUGACUAAUCUAUCAAUACUAAUAACAUCUUCAUUAGGCUCACAAAUGCUCUUAGCAUAAGAUUGCUGACACAGACAAUAUAUACACUGCCUGUAUAAUAAACCAUUCAACCAGCGCUCCAAACUAGACAUCAGGUUAAAAUAUUGGGUUUUGGUAGAUAAGAUCUCUUGCACUGAACAACAGACCAGUGUAUUUCAUUAUGUAGAACUUGAAUUGAGAAUAUUUGCUAUUAAAAUGUUUCUAUUUAAUCAGUAAGGGGUUGGGGUGUACAUCUGCAUAAUGUAAAGCGUUUGUAUUUCUAAAGUCCAUUUUUAGACCAGACUACUUAUCUCAGUUAACACGGUAAAGAGGAACCAGCCAAGCAAAGACUUUAAAUUCCUCCUAUAGUGAAGUAGUCAAUGUAGACAUGAAGCUGUAUUUACACACUGCAACACUGCCAUACCAAUGCAUACUUUUGAUCUACAAACACAAACCUAUCCAAGAGGUGGAGUGAAGCAUGGAACAGUGCAGGCCACAAUUAUGCAACAGGGAGACUCCUCCCUCUUCAAUGGUGCCAUAUUUAAGGGAUCAGAGUGUUUACUAAACGUUUGCUAUGGGAAUUGCAUGUUUUUUCCACAGUUGUUCUUUUUCUUAGCAGCAAACCACAGUACAGUAUAUCAUAUACUCCAACAUCUUGCAAAAUAUAUGUCAAAUUAAGUAGAAAGAUGUUCAGUAGUGAAUGCAACUAACCAACAUUAGUGCUGAGGUUGGUUAUUGUUUGAAGUUAGUGCUUGUAUAAGAAGAGGUUCAAGAUGCUAAAAUAACUGCCUGUGUGAACAUACGAUGUGCAUUGUUCACACAACUCAGUCUAUGUUGGAAGAAUGCCAGCUGUUUGCUUUGAUUUGUCAUGCCCCAUCUGUCGACCAACACAGGUACAUAUUCUUAUGUUCCCUUUCAAGUUAUGUAUUCUAGCUGAGCUUUUCUGGAUGAUCCUUACAAAAAGAACCACAUAAAUAAACAAAUAAAAAGUAAUUAAAUAUGUUCUCUCUUUGAGUUUUGUGCUUAUAUGUUUUGUUUGAGUGAAUCAUUUAUUGUUUUUUAUCUCUCACAUACACACUUCUAUCUGAACAGCGCAUGUUUUUAAUGUUUAUUACAUCCACAUACUCUCUGCAUUCGGCUUGAUGCUCUGGCCCUGUUCCCAUGGAAACCAUCUGCACAGGAGGACACAUCAGAACAUUGGAGGCAAAAAUGACAUUCAUACUGGCACACAUGUAAUCAGAUGAUUGUGUCAGACCACCUUGAGAGAGGAGAGUCAGUCAGAGGAAUCUGAUAAACAUAUACACAUUAAGCUUAAGCAGUAUCCAGACGAAUACGAUAUGACCUCAGAGGUGCUGCACCUGAAAACAAACAGAGAAACUCUCCCACACAUAGUCACACAAACACACCUACAACGGUUGAGUCACUGUUAAAGUUACAAGAAACCCGCAGUAGUAGUAAAUGUUCCUGAAAAAUACAUGUGGAGGCUGUGAGACAAGCAAAGCAUAUGCCCUGUAUUAACCCAUUGAACUUGGCAAGAUAGGUUCUAUUGUUUAGCUGUCACUACCAUCAGCCUAUCCAGAUGAUUUAGUGGUUCAGUGUAUAUGGCACACUGACAAUGGGCCAAGGCCAGGGGACUACUAGGGCCCUGAUGUACAGCUACUGCAGCAUAACAAGGCCUGUGAAGCAUUGGAGUAUAAUUGAUCUGUGUGGCAAUUACACUGUUUGUAAAUUAGCUAGUUAAUCUCAUUUGCGUGGCUGGUUCCAUAAUAUAUAUUAUUUUGAGUGU